AUGAUCACAGGUGUACUUAAAGUGACACUUGAUAAAUCUGUAGCAGAGCGGAGCAGUUAUGAUAUAGUCUGGCUGAAACCUCUGGCGGACGAGAUAAAAUCAGAGGCUGCUGUACAACCUUUACGUCUAAAUAUCGAUCUCAUAGAUCGCCUUCUCAUUGCCCGACUAGAGAUCGAUCCCCAAGCCAUGACAGAUGACCUAGACUUUUUGCCGGUGCUGGCGUCUCUCCCGCCUCAACAGACUAUUUUCGAAUAUCUGGUCGGUGCAUGGAAACGCUUGAAUAUGUUUAGGACGAGUUUGAUUAAGAAAGGUUAUACGCCAGCAGAGACCCAAACCGCGCUCACCAGAUUAGACAAACUACGUGAUCUUGUCAUCAGCUACUCUGGGCUCACCCUGCAAGAACCCGAGAUGUUUCCUCAGCCCUCAGGACGACUGCUCGGGCCACCUGAGCUCGUUGCGCCCCUUCUUUCUCUAUCCACACUAUCGACACCUUUAUAUUCCUCAAACACCGCUUCGACUAACACCCUCUCUCCUACUGACGUAGAGUUAUUUCUUCAAGAUUUGGCUCAUCGCUUUGAGCCCGACAAUGAGAUUGACGAAGUCUUGGGUGACGUUGUUAGGCAAUUACUAUUCCAUGAGUCACUAUUCCGUCCAGAAGGUUUGGGUGGUGCAGUUGCUACUUGGCGCGGUGUGGUGGGCGGCCUCGAAGCUUUAGUCUCUGUCAAAAGCAUCGCCGUCAUGAUCACUAGAAUGCCGGAAUGGAUUCCGGCCAAUGCUACCGCAGCGAACUUUGAGAAGCUUUCGUUAAUGGGGCCAUUAUGUCGUUUGGGUGUUUUUGCAAGAGAAUGGCCAGCCAUAGCUCAGAGUUAUUUUUCGGAACCUGAGAAACGUUCACCUCAGGACCUAGAGUCCUCGUAUGCCAGUCUUCGAGGGACAUUGAAAAGUCUUCAGAGCACGUUGUUUCAAAUCUUCAACACACUUGUUCGAGCCGCCCCGAAUUCUAGAGAAGCUGUGUUGCAAUAUUUCAGCAAGAUUGUUUCACUUAAUGUCAAACGAGCUGGCUUGCAGGUGGACCCAGAUACGGUUGCUUCUGAUAGCUUCAUGGUCAACAUUCAGAGUGUUUUGUACCGGUUCGCAGAACCUUUCAUGGAUGCCAAUUAUACUAAGAUCGAUCGAAUUGAUCCUUUAUAUUUCGCGCACUCUGACCGUAUAGACGUCACGGAGGAAACUCGUAUAAAAGCUACUGCACAGGAAGCUUCACAGUGGGCUGAAGAAAAUCGUCUCUCUGGAGGACCGGCUCCCAACUUCAUUUCGGAUAUCUUCUAUCUAGCCGUCGCGACGAGCCAUUAUGGUUAUCAAAAGACAAUCUCCAGUUAUAGCGAGUUGGACAAACACUUGGAAGACAUUGAACGACAUCUGAGCUUCCUCAAUGGAGACGGUUCUUGGAUGGGGACUCCAUUACAAGCCCGUAUUCAGGCAUCUAUCAACAAUAUCAAUAACGAGAAAGCAAAAGUUCAAAGCGCUCAGUAUGCAUAUGAAGCGCAACUCAAAGAUCCUGAGCUUGUUUUCAGGUCUAUCGGUUUCACUGUCUUCUUGUCAGUGUGGUUGAUUCGGCAGGCCGACCCAAAGAAAACGCAUCCCAACCCACUUGCUGAGUUACCAUUGUCAAAAGAUGUGCCAAUGUCUUUUCGGGUCCUUCCUGAAUACAUUGUCGAAGAUAUCGUUGACUACUUUCAUUUUGCAACACGACAUGCACCAGAUAAGUUCGAGCUGGCAGGCAAGACCGAAUUGUUGACUUUCAUCUUGACAUUCCUGUCAUCGACAUGGUACAUCAAGAACCCUUUCCUUAAAUCUAAGAUCAACGACGUUCUAUUUUUGAGUAUCUGGGGCUAUGGACGCGAAAGUACCGGUAUACUUGGGGGUCUACUGAACACACAUCCACUGGCGUUGAAGAACCUCAUGUCGAUGUUAAUGCACUUCUACAUCGAGGUGGAACAAACGGGAGCCAGUUCGCAGUUCUAUGACAAGUUUAGUAACCGUAAUAUAUCCUACGUGCUGAAGGUUGUGUGGAACAACCCGACGCAUAGGGAAGCCCUCAAUCGUGAAGCCGAAAACGUGGACAAAUUCAUCCGCUUUAUCAAUCUCAUGAUUAAUGAUGUCACAUACCUCAUGGAUGAAUCGUUGAGCGAACUCACACAGAUCCAUGACAUUCAAACGGAGAUGGACAACAAAGAAGAAUGGAACUCUAAAACCUUAGAGUACCGCCGAGAACGUGAAGGAACGCUUCGUCAACUUGAAAGACAUGCUUCGAGUUACACUACUUUAGGUCGAAGCACCGUUGAGCUACUCAAACUUUUCACAGCAGAGACGAAAAAACCUUUCAUGAUGCCCGAAAUUGUGGACAAACUCGCUGCGAUGUUGGACUACAAUUUGGAAGCGCUUGUUGGGCCUCGGAUGCAGAAUUUAAAAGUCCGCCAACCGGAAAAACUGCGAUUCGACCCAAAAGCAUUAUUAAGUGAUGUGCUGCAGAUUUUCUUAAACCUCAGCGACCAGCCGGAGUUCAUGAAAGCUAUCGCUGGUGACGGACGAAGUUAUUCGAAGGGUCUAUUUGAGCAGGCGGAGAGGAUUAUGUUCAGAAGAUCCUUGAAGUCGGGAACGGAUUUGGAAAAGUGGCGGUUACUGAUUACCAAAGUUGAGGAGGCCAAAGAGACACUCGAAGCCGAGGAAGAUCUGGGCGACAUUCCGGACGAGUUCUUAGAUCCGCUCAUGUUCUCCAUAAUGAGAGAUCCGGUCAUACUUCCCACAUCACGUACCACCAUUGAUCGGUCAACUAUCAAGUCGCAUUUGCUGUCCGAUACAACGGAUCCAUUUAACCGUAUGCCACUAGCUAUAGAGGAUGUUGUUUCGAAUACUGAACUCAAAAGCCAAAUUGAUGCCUUUCUGAUUGAGCGUAAGCAGCGAAAUAAAGCAAGUGGCUCGGGACCGGAGGAUAGCAUGAACGUAGCACAUUAA